AGAAAUCAGAUUACGCGUGGAAUUGUGGCGGCGGCGGCUGUAUCCUCCCGAGCUGCUCCCUAGACGGCGGCCGGUCCUCUACAGGCGGCUCCCCAGCGGCUACCCAGUCGGCGGUCGGGACUCCCAAGACGCCGCUCGUCUUGCUCCCCAGGCGCUAGGCGGCCGCGGCUCGUGUUCGUCCCCAGGCAGCCACGCCUCCUGUUCCUCCCCAGGCGUCAGGCGGCCGUGUCCUCCCCAGCCGUCGGUUCUUGACUUCAAUGGCUGAUAAGGCAAAUUGGUGUGAUGCAAAUGUUACAUAUCUCAUUAAUAUCUGCAAAAAAGAGAUAGAAGAUGACAAUAGGCCCAUGGGAGUUUUCACUAGGACAGGUUGAAAAAAUUUGGUUACAAAGUAUGAAGAAAAAACAGGCCUAAAGCUAACAAAGAAACAAUUGAAGAAUAAGUUGGACAACAUGAAAAAGGAGUAUACAUGGUUCAUGGAGUUCAAGAAUGCGACCACUGGUCUUGGAUGGAUUGAGGCAAAACAAACUGUUGACUGCUCCAAAGAUUGGUGGGAUGAACACCUAGCAAGAUGUAACAAUCCGGAUAAAGGUAUCAAAUGCAACCAUGUUAGGUUCAGAAAACAAGGACCAAAACAUCUUGAUGAUCUACAUAUGUUGUUUGAUAAGAUACAUGUUAGCGGGACAAGUGCAUCAUGUCCUGGAGAUAUUUCAUCUGAUGACUCAAGUGAUGAUGUGCUAGAGAUAGAAAGAACUCCAGAAAAUGAUGAAGUCAAAGUGGCUGUUUCGAAAAGAUCCAAACCAGUGAAAAGGAAACGCAAGGCCUCAUGUACUGCUGCUGAGGAGAAGGAAGAGAAGAGUCCAUUCUUUCGACUAUAUAAGAACACAUGUUUGAAGAUAGAAACAGCAGCAGAGAAGAUAUCCACAAGUGUUGAAGCAUCAUCAACACAUCCAACAAGCCAAGUGCCUAGCAUUGCAGAGACUAUGAAGAUGGUGAAAGAUUGUGGGGUUAAAGAGAAAACAGCUCUAAUGCAUACAACUACAUUUUUGAUUGUGAAGCCUGAAUUUAGAGAGGUCUUCUGCAUGCUGGAAACAAAUGAAGGAAGGUUUGACUUACUUGAGAGGGAGCAUGCAAAGGAAAUGAUGAGGCACAUGUAGAAGAUUUUGAAUUAUUUAUUUAUAUUAAUGUGUUGUGAGAACUAUUUGUUUGCUUGCUAUGUAAGCACCAUUUGGAAUGAUGAUAUUGUGUCCAUAAUCUUUGUUUUCUGUGCACAGUUUGCUUUGUUGUGUGCAAUUUUGUUUGUUGUCUACAUAUUCAUUUGCUAUUCAAUUUUUGUUAUAAAUAUUAAUAUAUUAAUAUAUUGUGUAGAUGGCUGACAACAUGGCAACUUUGGCCAAACAAGCAAACAAGGGUCUAUUGUAUCUUGCUGAACUGUCCCAGCAAGCAGUUGUUAUUGGUGAAAUGGGUGAAGAGUACAAUCAGAGAUACUUGCACAAAGGAGAGUACAGGGAAACCCCAGAAACUGGAAUACAAUGGGUUACGAAUUGCAUGGGUCGUCCAAGGUACUUUUAUAAGAUGUUUCGCAUGAGCACAGAUGUUUUCAUGGCACUACAUGACUUGCUCGUCUCUAGUUACGACUUAACAUCAACUAAUAAUGUAUCAUCAAUGGAGUCACUAGCAAUGUUUUUGUGGAUCGUUGGAGGACCACAAUCAUUUUCACAAGCUGAAAAUCGUUUUACCCGAUCACUAUGGACAGUGCACACCAAAUUUCAUGAAGUACUAAAAUGUUUGCGCAAGUUAUCGAAAGAUAAUAUUAAACCAAGAUAUCCUACUUUCAAAACUGAGCAUGAUAGAAUCAAAGAGGAACGUUUCUGGCCGUAUUUCCAAGGAGCUAUCGGAGCUAUUGACGGUUCACAUGUUCCUGUCACAGUGCCAGCAGCUGAAGUGCUUAACUAUACAUGUCGACAUGGGUAUACAUCUCAGAAUGUGUUAGCAAUUUGUGAUUUUGACAUGAGAUUUAUCUUUGUCGUUGCUGGGUGGCCGGGUUCUGCACAUGACACACGGAUCCUGAAUCAUGCUUUAGCAAAUUUCCCUUCAUUUCCGGUGCCUCCAAAAGGUAAGUAUUAUCUCGUCGACUCUGGUUAUCCAAAUCGACAAGGAUAUCUAGCCCCUUUCAAAGGAAGCACAUACCAUAUACUAGAAUUUCGACUUCGUAAUGGACGUCCUCCUCAAGGGAAGUAUGAGAUAUUCAAUUUCUUACAUUCAUCUCUUCGAAAUGUUAUUGAGAGGGCUUUUGGAGUCUUGAAGCAGAAGUGGCGUAUUUUGAAAGGCAUUCCAAGUUUUUCUACACGUACACAGAAACAUAUAAUAAUAGCUUGCAUGGCGUUGCGUAAUUUUAUUCGUGACAGCAAUUCAGAAGAUAAGUUGUUUGAUAGAUGUGAUGCUGAUGAGGAGUACUUGGUACAACAGAGUUUCACGUCACAAGCACAAGGAGAUGACAAUCCAGAGGGAGAGAAUGAGAAUACAAUGAAUACCAUUCGCAUUAAGAUAGCUGAUGCUUUGAGUAGUGCGAGAGGGAGAUAGUUAUGUUGAAGUAGGAUAUUCUGAAUCAUCAGUUUAUUUAUGUGUCUCCUACAAUGUAGGGCUAUUACACACAUUUUGUACCAAACCUACAA